CCCAUCGUCGCUGUCAGGCUCGCGGGUUCCCGCCGCUGUCACUGGAGCACAGGCCGCAAGGCCCAAUCACAACGAAAGUGGGACUUGUCCUGCUCCUAAGAUGUCCAGAGAAAAGAAGAACCCACAAACCUGUUCCUGUGCACUGCAGGAUAAUUAGUCACGAUUUGGGUUUGCAGCAAAAAUGCUUUCAGAACAGACAACAGCCCUGGGGACAGGAUGGGAGUCGAUGAAUGUCCAGCUGGAUGGAGCAGAGCCCCAGGUAGAAAGGGGAAGCCAAGAAGAGGGGCCGUGGAGAGCAGCACCAGGGCCACUGGAACACUUGUGCUGUGACCUGGAAGAGGAGCCGCAGUCCCUUCAAGAGAAGGCUCAGUCGGCUCCCUGGGUUCCUGCUCUUCCCCAGGAGGGUAGCGCCGGAGAUUGGGAGAUGGCAGCUGCACUGCUUGCAGCUGGAUCACAGGGCCUGGUAACCAUCAAGGAUGUGUCACUGUGCUUCUCUCAGGAGGAGUGGCGGAGCCUGGACCCUUCUCAGACAGACUUUUAUGGAGAAUAUGUCAUGCAGGAAAACUGUGGGAUAGUGGUCUCUCUAAGGUUUCCAAUUCCCAAACUGGACAUGGUUUCUCAACUAGAAGGAGGGGAAGAACAAUGGGUCCCUGACCCACAGGACUUAGAGGAGAGGGACAUCCUGAGGGUCACAUACACAGGAGAUGGAAGUGAGCACGAGGGGGAUACCCCUGAACUAGAAGCAGAACCUCCCAGAAUGUUAUCUAGUGUGUCGGAAGAUACUGUUCUCUGGAACCCGGAGCAUGAUGAGAGCUGGGAUUCCAUGCCCAGGACCUCCAGAGGAAUGCUCCUGGGCCCACCUUUUCUUCAGGAAGAUAGCUUCUCUAACCUCCUGUGUAGCACAGAGAUGGAUUCCCUAUUACGACCGCACACAUGCCCCCAGUGUGGGAAACAGUUUGUGUGGGGCUCCCACCUUGCGAGGCACCAGCAAACGCACACCGGGGAGAGGCCCUAUAGCUGCCUCAAGUGUGAGAAGAGCUUUGGGAGGAGACAUCACCUGAUCCGGCACCAGAAGACCCACCUACAUGACAAGCCCAGCAGGUGCUCUGAGUGUGGCAAGAAUUUCCGAUGCAACUCCCAUCUGGCCAGUCACCAGAGGGUGCACGCGGAAGGCAAAUCCUGCAAGGGCCAAGAGGUUGGAGAGAGCCCUGGGGCUAGGAAACGGCAGCGUGCCCCACCGGUGCCAAAGUGCCAUGUGUGCACUGAGUGUGGGAAGAGCUUUGGCCGGCGGCACCACUUAGUGAGACAUUGGCUGACCCAUACGGGGGAGAAGCCCUUCCAGUGCCCUCGCUGUGAGAAGAGCUUCGGGCGUAAACAUCACCUGGACAGGCACCUGCUGACUCACCAGGGACAGAGUCCCCGGAGCAGCUGGGACAGAGGGACAUCUGUCUUUUGAAGUCUGUUUCUGCUGCAGCUGUGGUCACAUCUAUCAGCCAGUGCUACCAGGAGCCUCUGACGGAGCUGCCUCUGUCCUGCGCCCAGGCCAGGAUCAUGAGCCCUGGCCUUAUGCCCCAGAAAGAUGAGCUACCAGCACUGACCAGAGCAUUUCUCACCAGUUCUGUGAUAUACCACAUAAAAGAGAGUUCUUUGGGCAAAACUUUUGGGAAACAGUGCUUACUAUAUGGGCUGAUACUCAGCCUGAGCCCUUUCUCAAGGGAACAGUGGUACCAGUGGUUUAUGGCUGAGGUCCAUUCUGAUUGGUUAGAGCCUAUGCCAUACUAGUUGGUAAAUAUUUUGAGUAUCACCAUUGUAUACUAUAACUGUUAUAUUCUCUUUAUAUAUAUAAUAUAUAUCAUAUAUAUAAUAUACACAUACACAUAUGUAUAUGUGUAUGUGUAUAU